AUGUGGUUAAACAGCGUUCGAGAGUUCAUCCUCAAUUAUUCCUGGCUAUCAACACCUAUCAUUGCAGCAAUCGGAUGGUUCCAAACCUGGGUUAUCGCCUCUAUUUUUCUUUCCCUCGAUAAAUCCAACGAGAUUGUUGAAGCCAUUGAAGAGUCACGACUACAGAGUUCCUUCGUGAGAUAUUAUAUCCAAGACAGAGAAGAUCCCGGUGCGUCGGAACAGUCCACUUGUAAUUAUGUCGCAGAGCAAAGGUAUACGGGUCUAGCAAAGCGCACAGUACUCGCUGCAUGGCUUGCAGAUCAUUCCACCGCAACUCCCAAAAAGGCUGUCGGCGUAAUGUCGAUGGACCCUGGGCUCAGCACGCAGCUUUUCGAUCUUUAUCACUCCGUCUGCAAUGCAGGCUACCUUGCAUACCUAUCAUUCCUCAUUCAAAUCGUCGGCUCUCUCUACGGUAUCGUGACAGUCUCGAUCAUUUGGGCAGAUGAUGCGCAUCUCGAACAACAAGCUUAUGGCGUCCAACUGCAACAACAACUCGCCGCCCUCACUAUCAACCGCGGGAUGUGGUCCAUUGCAGCUCUCGGUGCAUUCUUCCCGUGGGCACCUCUUCACGCUCUCUACUUGACGACGGCUAUUGCUGUUGCACUAGAAUUCCUCUUCGCUACCAGGGGAUUCCUCAUUGGCUGGCAUAUGAGCACACUGCCUGGUAUCCUCCGUUUCUUUGUUGUGUUUUCGUGGCUGCUUCCAAGCGCGGAGGCGCUGACACUAAUAUUUGGCAUUAUCGCAAUGAAGAUGGAGGUUUCGUUCAUCUCCGCCAAGGUGAUCAUCUUCGGGCUCCCGGCACUGUGGUUGAUGAUCGGGCCCUUGCUCAUCAUCGGGGCAUCGUUGGGAUCGCACUUUGGCAUGUUGAAUUGUCUUGUCACAGGUUCUACUAGUAGCUUGUGCGCUACCCUUGGGUGA